AUGAAGGCAAUAGUUGCUUUGCUGUUUCUCUCGGCACUGGCCUUGUAUGCUCAGGCGGAGAUGGAGUACCAUCCACAUGCAAUUCUAAAUUAUCUUGAGAGGGAAGAUCAUGAGAUGGUCAGAAAAGUUCGCGGCAUCUUGAAACUGCAAGAUCCUGGACCCAGCUUUGAACCAUCCUUCAAACCAUCCUUCAAACCAUCUUUCAAGCCAUCUUUCAAGCCAUCUUUCAAGCCAUCUUUCAAGCCAUCUUUCAAGCCAUCUUUCAAGCCAUCUUUCAAGCCAUCUUUCACUCCACUGGUCCCACUGCCAAUAGUAAGUGGCUGCGUAUUUAACAAAAUUGAAAUUUACUUUUUGCUGGCUUUUCUCCUGCCUGUUGACCAGUGCGUACGCUAAAAAUAACAAAUGUUACAGGUGAAUUUUUUGCGAUGAAAAUUAUCUUGUUUCUGACAGAUUCUUACAGAAGCCAACAUGAAUAAACUCAAAGUCUUAAGACAGAUUUCGUUUGCGGCGCCUUUUUCCAUAUCAUGCUUGAGUAACUCAUCAUAUCAUCAUGGGAAUUUUUACAUAAACAAGAACUCAUCUCCAUUUCGUGCACAUUUCCAACUAAAUUUAAAGAGUAAAUGCCUUGUCUCCAAGGGUUUUAUUUUUAUUUUUUUCUUAGAAAAAUAGGACCAAACAGUGGAGUUUAAAAUUGAACGAAGUUUUUUUAGGCCCUAGUUCAGAUUUUUCAAGACUAUCCAUUCAUGCCCACAGGGUAACCCAAACUCUGAACGUAAAUUUAUGAGAAAAAUGCUAAUAUUUCAACACAAACUGCUUUACCUUUGUUUUUCUCUUUUCAAUAGAAAAAGUGUUUGGCUCAAGCACUGAUCUGUCACCAUAAAGCUAAAGAAGAUGCUUGUGAACAUCUCAAGUGUAUCAAGCUGACUGGAUGUUGUCUAAAAGAAACAGGGAUUACAUUUAAUCCACCUCCCAUUGUGGUGGGUACUUAAUAUCGCUUACUUACCUCCCUUCCUCCCUCCCCUCCCUAUCUACCUGCCCUAUUUACCCUACUUACUUCCCUCCCUCCCCUCCCUAUCUACCUGUCCUAUGUACCCUACUUACCUCCCUCCUUCCCCUCCCUAUCUACCUGCCCUAAUUACUCUACUUACCUCCCUCCCUCCCCUCCCUAUCUACCUGUCCUAUGUACCCUACUUACUAAGCGACCUUCUCCACCUUCCCUUACUGUGAACGAAAUUCUUGCUGAGCUGACGAACCUCUCUGAGUUUUAGUUCAAGCUGCCGAACUUCAACAACAAAAGAAAGUAAUAUUUUGAUGUCUUAAUUGUUGGGGUAUACAGAGGGGAGCUGUAAAAUAGACGGUUCGUAGAUGGAUAUUUCAACUGAUUCCAAAUACAAAGAACGCCAAUUGACAUUUGAUUUGCACGUGGAGUUUUGAUUUAACUGAAGGAAAUGAUUUUUGCGAUGAUUCAGUUUAUUUUGCGGGACUUAAACUUUCUUUAAUGUGAUAACUUACUUUCGUAUCGCGGGAUAUUCACAAAAAUCAAACUCGCAAAAUUUUAUGCUAUACGAUACCUUCUUACCUACCAACCUACCUACUCCUCGCUCUUCAUUAUUUAUUUGUCGAGAAAAAAGACAUUUUUCUUCAGAGAUUCCAAUUCCUGGCAAAGAUGGGGUGCACAAAUAAUGUCCAGCUAGCAAUACUUCUUUGUAUAUAAACCAUGACAUCCUAAGUCUUUAUUGCCAUCAUUCUUCGCGUAACGACCUCUGUUUUCAUUGUCAAAAAGUUCACAAUGUAGUUCAUCAACCACCGAGAGGAAAAGUAAGCUAAUUUAAUAGUUUUCUUUGGGUUUUCUUUUCAUCUCUGCAGAAGAGAUGCCUGCCAGUUAUCCCGUGUUGCAUGCUGGGAAGCGAGACCUGCGAAGAGAAGCUGUGUUGUUUCGUGCGAUUUGGAGAAUGUCUGAAAAAACUUGGUGACAAAAUUGACGCAUAA